GUGAUGUAGGAAUGUUGGUUUUCUUACUUACAUUUUCACAUUCUUGUGCAUAUGAUGUUUGUUUUGCCUGUGUUAACAGCAUAUAGUACGUUUACUGUAUAAUAAUACCAACUAUGUCCAAAAAGUCAUUUAAUCUGUGCAUAGUUUUGCAUUUUGUCAAUGUUAAUUGUCCAGGAGUGUGGAUUUGUCCCAAAGGAAUGGUUUACUUGGAUAUUUGGAUUUUCGGCCAAAACAGUAACACGACCUGCGUCGAGCCCAAGUUCCCGUUGAAUUUCAACGAGACGUUCAACUUUCACAAAAACCUACCGGACGUUUCUAAUUUGUACGAAAUUCAAAACAAAUUGAGUGAAAAAUACAUGCGAAUCGCACUAGUCCAAGUAUGUAAGGAAAAAUGCAUUACUUUAGCGACAUUCAACUCGAGCGUCGACUGUGUUCUGUAUCCUACACCUAACAGUCGGUUGGGCAGUGACGGAGAAACCGAAAUACUUAUGAAAAACGAACCAAUAUUUCCGGGGACAAUCGCUCCAAAAAUUGUUUUGAUCACUCGGACCAGCAUUACUGAAGAGAUACAUCCUGUAAUAAGCGACAGCUCUUCAGAAGUAGAACACCGGCCAAACAGGAUGAGAAAAGUCCAUCAUGGUAAAAUGACGAAUUCGCAAUAUUCUCAUAGAAGGGACCACGAAUUUACCGCGAACGAUUGCAACAAAACGACAGAUUCGGAAACAGCAAGUCAGAUAUAUUGUCAAAGAAAUAAAAAAGCUAGUAGAAAUAACAGACACAAUGAAUGCAAGUGUAUGUUAGAAAAAACGCUUCAUUACGAUCACUGCAGAAAUGCGAAGAGUAAAGGACACGACAAUAAUCACAACGACUGGAAAGACCAAACGUCAAAUUCCGAGCUUAACUGUAAAUCUUUAACCCAUAACGAAUUUACAAUAUGCGAAAUCACGCCAAAGAUGAUCGGUAAACAAAUUAAAGCCAAACUCAAAUUAUGUGCAAAUCACUGCAAAUGUUAUAAGACAAAGUUGAACAAUUGCUGCUGUUUAAACGGAAAUAAAUGGUCUAGCGAUGAGGAUAGACCGAAAUCGGUAGAUAACAAUCAAAAACGAUGUACAGAUUAUGGGGAAGAACCGCGAAAGAUGAACUCAAAGAUAAAAGCAAGACUCCAUUUGGGUCCAAUGUGCUGCAAUUGUGGAAUGCUUAGUUGUACAACGAGGCCUGGCUGUUAAAUCUUAAUUUUUCAAAUUAGGAUAUUUACUAUCUAGUCGAUUAUUAUGAAAUAAAAUAUACUG